CUAAAUCAUGAAAUUAGGACUUGUGAUUACACUCCUAAUCGUCUGAGUCUGGGUUAGGACCCAAGAAUGUCUCAUCUUUGGCUGUGGGAAUAUCAACCAAGAGCCACAAAGCCAGAAGAAAUGAGUAGAAAACUUCCAAGAUGGUCAUUUCAAUGUGGAUUACUGCUUUGACCCUCAAUACCAUUGUAAUGCAAUCAAAUGGAGAAAAGCUGAGGAAGCAGAAACAGAUUACUGUGUGGAGACAGUUGCUCCAAUAAAGAAGGCUCUCCCUGGUGAUAUCUGUGAGAAAGAUGAGGAUUGAUUUGGAAGCACAGAUGAAGUCUCAUGCACUGAAGAGGUCUGUACCACCACUAAAUCUUCUGGAGAUUCCUGCCCAAAUAUAGAAGGGGAUGAGAAACAUAAGUAUUGUCCCAUUGGAACAUUCUGUCGAAAUGAAGUCUGUACUGAACAAAGCAGGGAAGAUGUCGCCUGUGAUGAAGAUAAUGCUUGCAAAUUUGGGCUCAGGUGUAUUGCUCAGAAUACAGCUCUAAAUGAUUAUAGAUGAACUCCUUUGAAUUCUAUUGGUAAUGAAGUGAAAUUUGCAACAGACAGGAUUACAGAUGGUCAAAAUAUUUGGAAUGGUCUCAAUAGCAUGUGCCUCAGUUAUAAUUCUGCUUCAACAGAUAAGACCAAUGUAAGAGUCUGCAGAAAAGCUUAUAUUAGUCAAAAUCAGGAGGAUUAUUUUAGAGAGGCUCCAGGAGAUACUUGAAAAUAUACAAAAUUUUCAGAAGAAUUUCCUAUAGAAGGAGAGCUUUCCAACGAUGUUGCAAGAUGUGGUUUCAAUAGAAAUACUGGAGCUUAUUGAAUGAUGAGGAAAGGUGAUAAAUGGUUUAAAGAAAGACUUCAAAAUUUUACCGAAACUGACUUGGCUGACCUUAACUGUCACACCAUGAGUGAUGUUGAAAGCUGCAAAGACUUCAUUAAAAACAUAGAUAAAGAUGUUAUUUACAAGUUUAACCAGUCAAUAUUUGCAGUUGACGAAAACCUUGGAUAUCAUUUAUUUGCUAAUAAUGAUAGAUGUGUUGCAAAAACGAUCACAACACAAUUCUGGAAUGGAAGACUUCCUGGAUUGGCAUAUAUGACAGCUGCAUCUAUCCCUGUUAUUUUUGUCAGCUCCUUAACUUUAUUAUUUUAAUCAUAAUUACUCUUCAAUUUUAG